UUGACGUUACGAACAGAGCGCGUGCGAAUUCUCUUUUGGUGGUUUUCUAAUCUUCCUUCCUCUGCAGGUCAGCUUUUUCGCUUCAUUUCAACACAGAGUCUUGCUCAUCAUCUAUCAAAUUAUUUUCCGAUUCGACUGGUGAAGAUGGCUGAGGAUGGUUACAAAGUCUUGUUGAACGUGUACGACUUAAGCCAGGGUCUUGCCAGACAACUGUCUACAACGUUUUUGGGGAAGGCUAUCGAAGCCAUAUGGCAUACUGGAGUGGUUGUAUAUGGCCACGAAUACUAUUUCGGAGGUGGCAUACAAAGUGCUCCGGUUGGAACAACUCCGUAUGGAACUCCGCUCCGAGUUGUUGAUCUCGGCUUGACACACGUGCCUAAGGAUGUCUUCGAGAUGUACCUGCAAGAAAUUGGUCCGAGGUAUACAGCCGAAACCUACAGUUUGAUGACUCACAACUGCAACAAUUUCAGUAAUGAAGUUGCCCAGUUUCUAGUUGGUGCUUCAAUACCCGAUUACAUAUUGAAUCUCCCAAAUGAAGUUAUGAACAGCCCCAUGGGUCCUCUCAUGUUGCCUAUGAUACAGCAAUUGGAGACGACUUUACGAGCAGGUGCAGUACCUCAGGCACCUCAGUUCAGGCCUUCCGUAGCUGCUCAAUCUGCUCAGACUGUUAAAUCUGCCGUUACUCACAAUGCUGCAGAAUCUACAAAGAAGAAGGAUGAAGAUGUAGAUAGAAAAUCGAAAACAGAAUCUCCGAAGAAAACCAGUAAUGCUGUUCCUCUGGACCCACUUGGAGAUGCUCGAAGCAAAGUUCAGGAAGAGAUUAGCAGCGAGUUUGCUGCAAUUAUGGCGACGGGUACCCUGCGUGCAAGUGAGGCUGCGGCACUAGCAACCAAGAGAGUGAUGCAAAGAUACGGACAUAUGAAUACAGCACAAAUCUAGAAUUCAAAUUGGUUUGAUUUGUUUCCACAAGUCUAAAUUAGACAUUAUUCAUCUGGUAAUUUAUUCAUGGUGACUGGUGGAUAUUUGGGGUUUCAUACAAUUAGGUAAUGCCAAAUGUGGCAUCUGUGCCCUUUGUGCCAAUUUACAAUUUAUUGGGGACUAGAUAUUUGAUGCUUAUUACAUUAUUUUGAUACUCUUUAUAAAAAUUAUUUGC